AUGGCUACAGCACCUGAACCUACCUCAUCUGAUGGUUCCAAUUACGAUGUUUUUCAGCAGGUCUUCCAACUUUCUGCGGCUUCGAACAUUGUCCGGAAGUGUAAAGGAAAUUCCGAAGACCUCCAGCGAAAAAUGGCAGAUAACCUUCCCCAAGCGUUGAGCUCGGCUGGGGCUGGGUGGGAGGUUGUAUGGGGCCCGGUUAUUUGGAAGGCACAGCCCAACCGUAGGAACACACCCUACGGCAACGCCUGGUAUGUUGCAAAAAAUGAUUCGGUAGUCUUUGAGGAUGGGAAAUCGUACCCCACAUAUGUCGUGGCAAUCGCAGGCACUUCCGGCAUGUACGACAUUAUCUACGAGGAUGGGGCGAUUGGUAAAGUCAUAAACCCAGACACUUGGGCUAGCAACGGUUCUAUUGGCCUCAGGACGCUUCCAGCAAUUCUGGAAAACGACUCUUCACUUAAUAAAGACAAUGCCUGUAUCACUCUAGGAUUUUCCCGAGGUCUAUACCAACUCUUAAACAACGCUCCCCCCAAGGGUUCCCCAGGCUAUCCACACAAUCUCCCCGAAUUCCUUCAGACAAUUGACCCUACCCCCUCCGAACUCGCACCAAAAUUGGUAUUCACUGGCCACAGCCUUGGAGGAGCACUUGCACCUGUGCUCGCCUAUGUUCUUCGCCAUGCUAAUGCUCUCGAUAUCCUUCCCUGCGCGUAUGCCGACGACCCAGCGUAUGCGCCGGAAAUCAUGUCAAAUAUUCCGAAUAUGUACGGGGAAAACACCAUUCUCUUGGUACAUGCCGUGGUCUCACAUCUCCGACGCAUGGCGCAGAAGCUCUACGCUCCCAUUACUUUGAGCUCCUUUGAGUCCCCUAUUCCCAAGCCUUCAGAACCCCCUCAAGAUGUCAAUAGUUAUUUGGACGCCGCACUUGCCCAGCAUGUACCUGCUUACGCCAAAGCUAUCCUUAACGUAGGAACACAAAAGGCGCUAUGUGAUUCGUCGAAGCUCGAAGAGUGGGAGGCCUAUCCAGUACUGGGUCAUAUUCUGUAUAGUCAGAUGCAGCUAGAAGGUCAUGGGGGUGUGUUGACCGACGAAAUGUUUGAAAUUCCAGACUGGCCAGGCAGCGAGAGCAUUUUCUGA